AUGACGCGCCGCGACGCGCACGAUAGGCGUGAAACCGACCUAAUCUGGUGCCUCAACGAGCGCUCGGUCCUGGAUAAAUUCGUGACGACAAGCGACAGCGACCACAACGAAGGUUUCAGCACCUGCAAACUGGACAUGAGUCCCGCGGGCUGGGCCCUGUUCCAUGGAUAUUUGAACAGUAGAGUAACCAAGGAUGGGAGUAUUAAGAAGGCAAGGUAUUGUGCUUUAAGAUCGCAGCGAACCCGGAAAUCAUUCAAACGCGAAGCCACUUUCGACUGGCAUCUAUACAACACACUGGUGAUAAAGAUACGCGGCGACGGACGCUCCUACCUUCUCAACCUAUCGUGCGAGGGCUACUACGAUAUCACGUGGAACGAUAUCUACCAUUACGUCCUGUACACCAGGGGAGGGCCUUAUUGGCAAAUAGCCAAGAUAAUUUUAUCACGAGUGUUCUUAGCCAUGUUUUAUGAAAAUCUGUUCAGCCGUUUGAAGAUCAUCAGCUCUUUUCUAGUUGAUGAGGAGACCUGA